AUGGAUUCAGAAGCUGUGAAAGUUAUUGUAAGAGCACGACCAUUAAACGAACGUGAACAAUUGCUAAAAUGUGAUAAUAUUCUUGAGGUAAUCAGUGAUACUGGUCAGUGUUCGAUUGCAUGCCCAAAUGACAAGAAACGUCCACCAAAAGUAUUUUUCUUUGACGGAUCAUAUGACGAAAAUUCAACUACUGAACAAAUAUACAAUGAUGCAUGUUACUCUCUAGUAGAAGGAGUUACUGAGGGCUAUAAUGGCACAAUUUUUGCCUAUGGACAAACUGGAUGUGGGAAGUCUUAUACUAUGCAGGGAGUAGUUGAGCCACCAUUCCAAAAAGGAGUGAUCCCCCGUGCAUUUGAUCAAAUAUUUGAGACUAUGUCUGUAAGUGAGAAGACAAAAUAUUUGGUCCACGCAUCAUUUCUGGAAAUUUACAAUGAAGAAAUUCGUGACCUCUUGGGACAUGAUUACAAGGCUAAAUUAGAGCUAAAGGAGAAUCCAGAUAAAGGGGUCUACGUUGCUGGUUUGUCAAUGCAUAAAAUAACUUCAGUUGCAGAAUGUCAGAAUAUAAUGGAACGUGGGUGGAAAAAUCGUUCAACUGGAGCAACAUUAAUGAACGCUGACAGUAGUCGAUCACAUUCUAUUUUCACUAUCUACUUAGAAAUGAUUGAUCGGAGUGACAAUUCACUUGAUUACAACCAUAUAAGGGCUGGUAAAUUAAAUUUAGUCGAUUUGGCGGGUUCUGAAAGACAGACAAAAACUGGUGCAACUGGUGAUCGUUUUAAAGAAGCUACGAAAAUUAACCUUAGUCUAUCAGCAUUGGGUAAUGUCAUUUCAGCGUUGGUUGAUUCUAAAGUUAAACAUAUACCUUACCGUGACAGCAAAUUGACUCGACUGUUACAGGAUUCUUUGGGAGGAAAUACAAAAACUCUUAUGAUAGCGUGCUUGUCACCAGCAGACAAUAACUAUGACGAAACAUUGAGUACUUUACGAUAUGCUAAUCGAGCAAAAAAUAUACGUAAUAAACCCAAGAUCAAUGAAGAUCCAAAAGAUGCGCUGCUUCGUCAAUAUCAAGAAGAAAUCAAGUAUCUUAAAGAAUUGCUAAAUAAUAUGCAGUUAACUACAGGAAAUGUUAAAUAUUUCAAUGGCCAAGAAAAUAUUGAAAUAGAGGAUACUGAAACUGAGAAAGAAAAAUUAAGAAAAGAUUAUGAACUAAAAUUACUAGCUACGAAAGCCCAGUAUAGUGCUGAAACAGUUGAUAAAGUUGAUAUGCUGAAGGAUAUAACCCAUUUAAAAGAAUUAUAUGAUGCCAAACUUGUGCAAUUGAAUAGUCAUCAAGAUUUACUAUCAUCAACGAAUCAGCCACCUCAUAUAACAGAAUUAGAUCAAAUGGAAGAGUUGUCAGAAAUAUCAGACGAUAAGACCCAACAACAAAUUGUAUCACAAAACGACACUAAUUUACGUAUUGAUACAUAUGAUGGGGAAAUAACAAAAGAUGAACUACUGCAAAGGUUGAAACUAUUGGAAGCAGAUAUUGUCGGUGGUGAGCAAGCUGGAAAUAAGGAGGUCAACGAGAAAAUAUCAAGACGAAAAAAAUAUGCUGAAGAACGAAAACGUCGAUUAAUGGAAGCAAAUGCAGACCUAGAAGAUGAUGGAAUAAUGAUAAAUAUUUAUGAAACAAUACAAGAUGAACUAUAUUACAAAAAUAAAGCUCUACAGUCACAAAAACAAAAGGUUCAUGAAUUACAAAUGGAAAUUAAAGACGUUCAGUCUGAAUUUGAACAAGAUCGAAGUGACCAUUUGGAAACUAUCAGACGCCAAGAACAACAAAUAAAUUUGCUUAAUAUGAUUUUAGAAAAGGUUCAGCCCUUCAUACGCAGAGAUAGCAAUUAUUACAACAUCGACAAAAUCAAACGAACAGCAAAAUUUGAUGCCGAAAAGAAUGAAUGGAUUCUACCACAAAUGGUCAUUGAACAUACACAAUUGCCUUCAGCGAAUUUAAACAACUCGUCUAAUCGAUAUGACUCAAAUUAUGAAACCACAGAUGGUAACGCAGAAUGUGAUGUAAUAAAAGAUUUGAAAUGGGCCAGUAAAAAAGAAUCUAGACUGUACGCUAAACUAGAUGAUCGGAUACAAAGUAAUUAUUUCUCAAGCCGACGUGCAGAUCAAAUAUUACGUAACGCAGCAAGAUCUGAAUCCGAAAGGUAUAGAUCCAGUAAUCAUACGGCUAGACUGAAUAAUUUCUCUUGUAAACUGACUACUGGCAACACAGAAUCAACAUUGCUUUCGUCUUGUGAAGUCAAAUCAAGUAUGGAUACAUACUUGCAUUACCCGGACGUAAGAAAAAAACCAAUGAAGUUAAAUCCCAUGUCUGAGUUCGCACUCAAUUCCACGCAUGUUUAUGGACAAAAGUCGUUUGAAAAAGUAAAAUGGCAUUCCAAAAUGUAGAGGCAAUUAUUAUUCAAUAUAUCACAAAACACAAUUGAGUAUCGGAAACAUUCUCGAAUCAUGAUGCUGAAGAUCAUAUUCGGAAAAAAUUAUGAUAUUACAUCUACAUCGUCAUAACAUGAUAUACGAGCUAUUGUAUAAUUUUUGUUAAAAAAAAUAGCAAAUUUUGAAUUUUUCCCAAACUUUACUUUCUAACUUCCCGGUUAAAAGUACAGAACCUUAGAAGUUACACUAGUAUCACAAGUCAAAACAGCUUCAACUACUUUUUUAGAGUUGAAUAAUAAAAAUUACGUUUUGUUAUGUGUGCAUUCUGAGAACGAAAUUCGCCACUACAAGAGUCAAAUAAAAAUGGGUUGUGUAGAAUGUGAGUCUGUAAUAUUCUAGUUCACGCAGAAAGCAAAUUUUAACGGAAUGCCGAGCAAAAUUUAGUCAUUUAGCUUGAAGAUUAAUAUUUGUCAAAACCUCCUAAGACCCACUUGAGAUAUAUAUUUUCUAAAAGAUAAAGGGAAGUUUGAAAAAGGCAAUAAAAAUUAUACACAUCAUUUAACCAGAUGAUAGUACUCUGUAUGAGUAAUUUGGUUACGUUAUGUGGAGAAUACAGAAAAUAUAUUAAGUUAGCUGCAAAUUAUCGAAUAAGAUGGAUUAAAUUAGUCUGUGGUCUAUCAGCUUCCUAAUUUAUGGUUUGAGAAGGAAAGUUUUAAGUUUUGUGAUCCUCUUAAUCUUGCAAUUCAAAAUUGUCAAAAUGAGGAGAUACAGUGUUUCAUUUAAUAUAAUCUACCAACAUAACUCAAGCUAUCUAAGAGUUCGCUCAACAUAGAAAACGAAAUCGACAUCUGAAGAAACACCAAAAUGAUUUUCAGACGCUUUGCGAUAACAAUCAUACCUCAGUUUCUAGAUAAGGAUCAAACCGAUGACUGUCAGAUUGCAAGUGAAUGAAGCUUUGAUAGCGUUAUCUACUCUUAGCAGUUCCGAAACGUCUCCAAUGACUAUCAGAGAACACCACUGAAGAAUUCUAUACCUCCCCACAUAUACCAUCUAUAUUGAUUGAGUGGGAACAUAAUUUCAACUAAGUUGCCUGCAAGAGGAGAGACUUAGAUGAUUGGACAGUGAAUCUAUAGUUGACAAGGCAACGACAAAUUACAUUAGCUCAUCAAAUAUCCAUGAAAAUAGACUCGACAUUAGUAACAAAACACACUAGGAGAGCGGUGUAUCAUGUCUAGAGAUGGGAAGCAUAGGCUAGUCAUAAUAAAGCCGUAAUGACAGGAAGAACAAGUUAUUACCUUUGUUACAGAAACAACUCAAAACCAAUUCGUAAUGCAGUUGAUAUAUUUC